AUGAACAUGCCCUCCUUCGUGAACGACGAGAACUCGCCCAUCUAUCCCCCGAACGCCGGCAUCAUCCACCUCGACGCCCAACACGAAUACCCCUUCGGGCCCAAGAAACUACCUAACGGCCGCACCCCGGUCUUUAAGAAACCCUUGCCCAUCGCCAUUGACCUCGCGAAUGAGAGCUUCGACGACAAUUCCUCCUCCCACUCCUCCCAGAGUUCCGACCCCAGAUUGCGAAUGAAUGGGGACGGCUCGCAUAUGACCUCCCUGCCCAAUGGCCGGCCGAGCAAGCCCUCGAACGGCGUGAACCCGGGCGAAGCCGACGCGAGAUACGCCGCAAGUGCGAAACCUUCUCCGGUCGCGAGGACUUCUGCUGAACAACAACACCAAUCCCCCGCCGUCAAUGGGAUAUCCCGCCCGAGUCAACCACAGCGCCAGAGCACCUCAGAUUCUUACCCGAAACGAGCCUCGGCCGAAUCGUCCAUCCGCACUUCCAUGCAGCAGACCCCCGGCGAAUCGUAUCGAAAACCAUUUCAGAAUGGCGACGCGAGCACGAUGGAUGGUCCCUUCUCCGGGGCUACGCUUAGACCUGUCUACUCUCCAGCUCCAGCUGACCCGGGAGCACCUGCCAACAACCUGCAACACAACCCUUUGACGCCUGGAACCCCGGCACCCGAUCCAGAGAAACGGGUAGCACAGUCGCCUCAAAGGUUUUCUUCUCCACCAAGUCUUCCGCCAACGUCUCCCUCAGCCCCAUCGUUACAACCGCCUCCGAAUGGACUGAAGCACCGACAUACCCUAGAGGUUCCCAAGGUCCAGUCUGGUCGUGGCUCCAAGGACGGUAAUGACACGGGGUAUUCCAGUGGACGCUUCUCCCCUACAGCGCCAGGCCUCAGUGCUCGUAGAGGCUCCCUCAACCUAGCGAGACGGAACACGCGCUCUCUACAUUCCGAUAUGCCCCGUGACGAGGUAAUGCCCGAUGAUGACGCGCUGCGGUGGGCCGAGGCAUACAGACAAAAACGAGCCAAGAAGAAGCGACGGGAAGAGGAAGAUGAGGACCGUGUACUGGUUGGAACCAAGGUCGACGAAACCCACGCCAAUUGGACGACCGCCUACAACAUGUUGACGGGUAUCCGGGUCUCCGUCUCCCGGACGAACGCGAAGCUCGACCGCCCCUUGACCAAUGCAGACUUCGAAACUAAGCAGAAAUCGACGUUUGAUAUCGCUGGGAACGAGCUGGUGCCUUCGGCAAAAUAUGACUUCAAGUUCAAGGAUUACGCGCCCUGGGUCUUCCGACAUCUGCGAGCCCUCUUUAGGUUGGAUCCUGCCGAUUAUCUGAUGUCGCUCACUGGGAAAUACAUCCUCUCCGAACUUGGGUCCCCCGGGAAGAGUGGUAGCUUCUUUUACUUCUCUCGGGAUUACAAGUACAUCAUCAAGACCAUCCACCACGCAGAACACAAGUUUCUCCGCAAGAGUUUGAAAGACUACUACAAUCAUGUCACCGACAACCCGAACACUCUCCUCUCGCAGUUCUACGGCUUGCACCGGGUAAAGAUGCCGUACGGAAAGAAGAUCCACUUCGUCGUCAUGAACAACCUGUUCCCGCCGCAUCGAGAUAUACACACCACAUUCGAUCUGAAAGGUUCGACCGUCGGACGAGACUACCGCGAGGAGGAUCUGGAAAAGAAUCCAAGGGCAACUUUGAAGGAUCUCAACUGGCUGCGCCGGAAGAGGCAUCUCGAGCUAGGGAUGCAAAAGAAGCAGCUAUUUCUACAGCAACUUCGAAGUGACGUCCAGCUUAUGCAGAAGCUGAAGAUUAUGGACUACUCCCUUCUAAUCGGCAUCCACGAUUUACGAAAGGGGAACGAGGAGAAUCUUCGAGACAAGACUCUGCAAGUUUUCAAUCCUGGAGGCGGCGGUACAUCAGAAGAAGGCCCUGACCCCGACCCGGUACUUCUGCGAACACCGUCCAAGUUGGAAAGUGCGCGUAAGGCGAGAGAGUUGAGACAGAUGAUCAAGGCUGAGCGGCCGGUCCCGAUGGGCCAGACCAGCGACAGGAUGCCGGACGAACUAGCAGAAGGACACGUCCGCGGUGGGCUAUUCUACACCGAUGACGGCGGCCUACAAGCGACCCACGAGGAUGAUACUCCUGGUGAGGAGGUGUAUUAUCUCGGCGUCAUCGACUGCUUGACACACUAUGGCAUGAUAAAAAAGAUCGAACAUUUUUGGAAAGGACUAUCGAGUGACCGCACUCAAAUCUCCGCACUUCCGCCCGACGAGUACGGAGAUCGCUUCCUCAAAUUUAUGUCCGGCAUCACCAUGUCACCAGAAGAGGCGGAGAGGGAUAGACAUGAUCGGGAGGCGGCCGCAGCAGUAGCCGCAUCUUCCUCGAUGGCAGAGGCCGUUAAUUCGAACCCAGACCCCCCCCAUCAGACCAAGUCCCACAGUGCGCCACCAGCUCCGACCUAUCUUCCCCCGGCGCCACCAGGUAUGAGGAGUCCAAGAUCCCCCGAACCUAAUCCCACAGUGGAGAAGGCGCUCAAAAUGGCUACGAGAAAAGAAAAGGAUGUUGCUAAAGAGGAACAAGUCCCGGAUCGGAUGAUCACCACAGCUCCAAUGCCUACUAAUGCAAGGACCAAUUCGCAUGCUGUCUUACCCGUAGUCGAGGAAUCGGCGGAGGCGGCAUCUCUUGGUGGACGCAGUCAGGGUGAUAGCGCCAGCGGGCAGAGACCAUUCACACCUGCACCGUCAGGGCGGCAAGAUGGCUUCACCGACCUGGGACCUCAUGGAAUAGGGGGUCGGGGACCGCCGACACCACCGAAAACGAGCUACCUGGAAGCGGACGGCGCAUACGCUGCCUCUCGAAAGAGGAGUGGCAGUGGCGGUGGAAGUUUUGGUCGAAUGCUGAGACACCGCAUCAGCCGCGAAAGCCUCGAUAAGGCAUUACCCCCUCUGCCACAGUAG